AUGUUGAAAGCUAGAGGAAUCUUGAUGGUAUUGGAUGAAUUAGUUCGGGCUGCCAGAAAGUGUAACCAUCAUAAGGGAGAUAAGUCGGAGGAGAUGUCACAACAUAAAGGAAUAACAACACUGGAGUAUACACUCAACCUUAAGAAGUGUAGUUUAUUGCCAUCUACCUCGGAUGGGUAUUUGGGAUUUAUUGUGGAUUCUGAAAAGCAAGCAUAUCUUUCGCCGGACGACAAGAAAGUGGCUGUUAGUUUGCUCCAAGAUCAGAUUUUGCGGUUUGAUUAUGUAAGUGUUAACACACUUCAAAUGUUCGCUGGCAAAUGUUUGGCCAUCCCAGCAGCUAGGCUUUACUCGCGAAAGAUUAGUUCAGCUAUAGCUCAAGGCCUUUAUAACAUGGCUGUGCUCUAUAUAACCUGGGAGAAUCAAGGUUGUAAGGACCCAGCAUUGAAUAUCAUCAUGAAAAGACAUCGUCCAGCGCAUAUUUCAAAUUAA